AUGAUAUCUCUUCUCAAUCUCAGCUCAUCUCUUUCCACCACAACUGCCGCAGUUCCUUUCUCCCAUUACUUGCAUUCCCAGCGCUCCGUUAUUCUACCGGCCGCCACAAAGCUUAAACCCCUAAAGAACCCUAAUUUUCUAUCUGCUGCAGCUGUGAUAAGUUCUAUUGCUAAUCGCUCCAAACCCCCUAAUUCGGCUCACAGUCGUGGAUUGUGCACUGAGGGCGUGGCCUCUGGCGAGAUUCACGUCAUUGUGGGACCCAUGUUCGCCGGGAAGACCACCACUCUUCUGAAGAGAAUGAAGGCUGAGAGCAGCAAUGGCAGAAGUGUGGCAAUAAUAAAAUCAAACAAGGAUGCUAGGUAUGGGUUGGACUCUAUCGUAACGCACGAUGGGGAAAAGUUACCCUGCCUACCAUUAGCCGAUUUGUCGUCAUUCCGAGAAAAUCUGGGUGCUGAAGAGUAUGCUAAGCUACAAGUGAUUGGUAUUGAUGAAGCUCAGUUUUUUGGGGAUCUAUAUGACUUCUGCAGCAAAGCCGCUGAUCAUGAUGGCAAGACUGUAAUAGUUGCUGGUUUGGAUGGUGAUUAUUUGAGGAGGAGCUUUGGUUCAGUACUCGACUUAAUCCCCAUUGCCGAUUCGGUUGUCAAGUUAAACGCCAAAUGUGAAGUAUGUGGGAAACGCGCAUUCUUUACUUUGAGGAAGACGGAUGAGAUUAGAACAGAAGUUAUUGCUGGGGCUGAUGUGUACAUGCCCGUUUGCAGAAAACACUAUGUAAGUGGACAAGUGGUUAAAGAGGCUACUAAGGCCGUCCUCGAGUCUAACAGCGUGCAGAUUAGCGCAGUUUUGUAG